UGGUUAUCUACUUAUCUUGCGCGCCUUCUAAAGCCCGCGAACCAAACCGCGAAAUACACCAAUCACCAGAUCAAAGCCCAAAUCAGGGCCCAACCCAACUCCACUCGCUCCGCCGCGACAACUCCGACGUCAACCCAAUCAAUGCUCCCGGGCAAAUCUUCGGCGCAAAACCUCCGUGGGCAGGCAGCCAUGAAUUCGAUCUUCAAUCUCCACAGAGAAACAAACAGAUCAUGGCCGAAGCGAAAACCCACAACCCAAUCUCUUCUCAGAUCUGCCAUCUUCAUCCUUGCGAUCUCUAUUCUCGCUCUCUUCCUCUUCCUAUUCCUCUCAAUUUCCACCUCCAAAUCUCUCUUCUCAACGCAGACCCUCAGUACCCAGAACCCUCAAUGCGGACACAUCCGAGCUUCAUCCCGGGUGGGAGAGAAGUUUCUCUGGUACGCGCCCCACAGUGGGUUCAGCAACCAGCUGUCGGAGCUCAAGAACGCGGCGUUAAUGGCGGGGAUUCUGAAUCGGACUCUGGUCAUCCCUCCGAUCCUCGAUCACCACGCCGUUGUCCUCGGAAGUUGCCCGAAAUUCCGGGUUACGGCGCCUAACGAGAUUCGAGCUUCGGUUUGGAAUCACGCCGUUGAAUUGAUGAAGAGCGGAAGGUACGUAUCAAUGGCUGAUAUUAUCGAUAUUUCGCGGCUAGAGUCUGCUUCGCUUCGUGAGAUCGAUUUCAGGGACUUUGCAGCCUCAUUCUGUGGUGUAAUUAUGGAUUCCACUUGUGUAAAUGAUCUGAAACCAGGGUCUUCUUCAUUGUUUGAUUCCCUUAUGGAGUGUGGGAAUGUGAUAUCUGGGGUUCAAGGUAACGUAGGUGGGUGUUUAUAUGCAGUAGAGGAAGACUGCAGAACCACGGUAUGGACGUAUGAGAAUGGUGAUGAUGGGAAGUUAGAUUCGUUUCAACCCGAUGAACAGCUCAAGAGGAAGAAGAAGAUUUCGUAUGUAAGGAAACGUCGAGAUUUGCUUAAGACCCUUGGACCGGGAUCUGAAGCUGACUCGGCCACUGUUCUUGCAUUCGGGUCCCUUUUCUCCGCUCCAUACAAAGGCUCAGAGUCCUAUAUUGAUAUUCAGAAAGUAAAGAACGGAGAUUUCAUGCCGUUUGUCCCAGAAAUACUGAAUGCAGGGAAGAAGUUUGCAUUGGAGAGGAUAAGAGACCCUUUUGUUUGUGCGCAGCUGAGAUUGUUAGAUGGACAGUUUAAGAACCACUGGAAGGCUACAUUUCAGGGUCUAAGACAAAAGCUUGAAUCUUUGAACCAGGGGGAUGGUCAGCCAGUGAACAAUUUUGUGAUGACCGAUCUUCCUCGGGGUAACUGGAGCGGAACUUAUCUGGGUGAGCUAGCUAGUGAUGAGAAGCGGUUUAAGUUGCAUUUUCUUAGGGAAGAAGAUAGAUUGGUUGCUGAAACAGCACGGCAAGUAGGAAAGAGAGGCAGCAGAGGGAAUGUGCAUUGCCCUCGUCAGAAAUCACCGGAUGUUCUCUUGUACAUAGAAGAAAGCGUCUGUAGUUGUGCAUCCCUCGGUUUUGUUGGGACAGCUGGAUCGACGAUUGCAGAGAGCGUAGAGCUAAUGCGGAGGUCAGAUGUUUGUUCCAUUCUUAAUCGGACUGCAAGAUGACACUCAGGUGCUGGGAUACGAACGAAGUUGGGUUUGCCGCCAAUGUACAAGCAACUACUUGCGAGUCAGAACUGCUGCUGUUGUAAAAUGCCGCGAAGUGUACUUAAAUUUGGAGGUUGAUAUGGUCCAGGCAGCUACUGUUUACUGAUGCUUCAAUAUCUACCAGAUGAAAGAAGGAACUGAUCUGGUAACAAAUGGCAAUUCUCAAGUGUCUCCUUUCUCAUGGUGCAAAGAAAACUUGGCCAGUGUGGACCAUGGAAGGAGACGACUCAGGAUGGAGAUGGGUGUGUGGAUGGGUCAUUGAUUUUCAUUGAUGUUAAGUCUGCGAAGUGGUUGGUUGUUGCUUUGUUUGCGUGAUUGAAUGAGCCUAGGUGAAAGUUAUAUCAUCUUCAUCACUGAGUCGUAGUUUUACUUUUAGUUGCAGGUUAUCAGGCGUAAGUUCCCCAUUAAGUACCAUGGCCAAAUUUGGAGUUGUACAUGUGUGAAAUAAUGAUAAGAAAAAGAAAGCGCCAGCCACGUUUCGC